AUGAACUCAAAUUAAGGACCACCAUAAGAAGGCAAUGAGUUUAAUGGAAUCAUAAAGAUGAUAAUCAUUCAAACUAUUCAAGGUCGAAUUACUUCAAGAAAGGGUUGGUCAGGCCUAAAGAAAUUCUUAUGCUUGGUCUUUAUUUUCCUUGCUCUAACUACUUACGAUCUUUAAAAUAUCUUAAGUCAUGAAAAGAGGGCAUAAAAUUACUAUGAAAUUUUUAAGCUAGAUAGAAGUGCUAAUAAUUAGCAAAUCAAAAAAGCAAUUGAAGAAAUUAGAGACGAAUUAAGAGAUAAUUAUCAUAUGUACCAGAUGGAGAAAAGCACAUUGACUCUAGAUUUACUAGAUGAUAUUGAACACGCACUGACUAAUCCUGUACUUAGAGAUAUUUAUGAUAAAUCUCUAAUUAUUGUGACACAAGAGGAGUUUAAGGAGAGAGGAAAUCAAUUCCCAUUAUCCCAUAGAUACUUCUAGGCAUUUGGCUAAGUGUUUGCAAAGCAAUUUUCAAUGACAUCGAUUCUGGUAGCUAUAUAUUUAGCAGUUUAUAUUAAGCUUCCAAAAGAAGGUGAAAAGGACAACUAAAUAGCAGACUUCAUGAAUAAGUAUUCACUCUUGAUGAACCUUACUUUCCAUGAAAUUGUAAAUACCUUGGCUAAUUCAUCACUUAUAUUUUAGUUUUUGAUUAUCCAGAAAAUAUUCUCUAAUCUUUUCCAUCUCAUUAUGUCUGUCUCGAGAAUGAUAGACCAACAUCCUUUAGAAGAACUCAGCUCAAAAUUAAAGUCAUUUUAGAAAUUAUCGGCAAAAUGUCUGUUGAUUUGCGAACUCAUUGCUCCUUUAAGGCAACUGCCGAGUGAGCUGGCACCUUAGGACUAAAUUUAAGAUGAAAAUUAGGAACCUAAGGACUAAGUUUAAGAUGAAAAUUAGGAUGGAUCCAUAGUAUAAUAGGCUUAAAUAAUAAAGUCCACCGAAGAAUUGGAAAAUGAGGUAGAGAAGAAGAAAAAGAAUUACAUAGAUGCUAUGAAAUUUGUGGGCGAAGACAGGUCUAAGAAAUUUAUGGAAACUUUUUAGCGUAUGCUAGAUAAGAAGUUAUAGGAGGAAAAAUAAACCUCUAGAUUGAGGAAAUGCUGCAGACUGUUAGGAAAAGUAGCCAUAGGAGUAGCUGUGCUAGCGAUUGUCUCGCCAAUAUUAAUGAGUAUGUAUUAGCAAUACAACAGUCAAGGAGAAAAUAAGGAUGUGAAACCAAUGAGUUUUGAUGAAUUUAAAUCUUAAUAUGGUGGUGCUAAUUAAUAAGAGCAAUAGCAAAAUGAAAGCGGAAUAGACGAUGUAUUAGAAGACUACAAAGCUGAGAUGUACCAAUUUGAGCAAGAAUAAUUUAAUGAAAACAAUCAAGAUUUGUGA